UCAAUUGGCCAAAGGCCUGUGUUCACCUGGCACCUAAAGGUGUAUAGUGAAGGUGCCAGCUGAACCUCCUUAGGAGGAGCAUUGCACAAACAGGGAGCCACUGCAGAAAAGACUCGUUCUUAUGCUGCCACCCUCUGGACCUCUCAUGGAGAAGGGCAACAGAGGUUUUCAGGGAGGGAAGUGUGAUGAACAGGGUGACAUUUCAGCUCAAACAUUGGGAUAAUAGAAAUGAUUUAACAAUGCACACAGCAUCCUAUUGGCCAGUACCCCAGCCUAUCAGGAGCCAAAUUUAGCACUCACUAUUUUCACUGCAAAGAGGCUAUGGAAAACUCUGCGCACAGUAUUUUUUUAAUUGUGGCAGCCUUUCAAAUGAUAGCUUAACCUGCAAGGCCAGGAAGAAAUCCAAAAAGGGCAGGGUAGGAAAACUGAAGCAAGCAAAGCAGAACAGCCAAAAAACCCCUCCAAAACAGCAAAAAUCCAACAAGGUAAGAAUUGCCAGAGCAAGGCAAGCACCUUGAAGAGUUGGACCAGAUCAACAAGUGUUGGCGGCUGUGGCAAGCUGGACUGCGACAUGUCUGAUGAUCCGUGUGAUACAGAAAGCUUGGAAGAACCUGAGCCAUCCUGCCAUGCGAGGAAGCCGAAAACAUCUCGUUCUUGCCGGGCUGGGCUGGUAUUCCCUGUAAGCCGCAUUGAAAGAUUCCUCCGGAAGGGAGACUACGCAGAGCGCAUUGGAUCAGGAUCGUCUGUGUACAUGGCUGCAGUGCUUCAGUACCUGACCUAUGACAUUAUGGAUAUAGCUGGGAACAUUGCUAAAAAUGACCACAAGCGCCGAAUUGCCCCCCGGCACUUACAGAGAGCCAUCAGUGAUGAUGCUGAGCUCCACACUCUGCUUGGAGGGAUCACCUUCCCCCAGGGGAACACCCUGCCCAAGACUAAGUCCACCGCAUCAACCAGGAGGGGGAAGGGCAAGAAAUCUGGCAAGGCCGUCAGAGCUCAAAAUGUUGUUACUGCAUAAGCAAGGGUAAUGCUGUUUUUCUGGACUUGAGAUUGAGUCUUUAGUACUCAGCAACAUGGUCUAAUAAAAGCUGAUCUGACCAUUCCUUUUGCUGUGUGAAUGUUUUUCUUUCCAUGUGAGUUAGCCAGGCAAUUAUCAUUGAGCUGGCUAUU